UGGACUCGACUUUAGUCGCUUGAAGUUUGUUGCAAAGAUGAGUGAUCCAAAGCGAGAUGGUUCAACUCAAAGUUCACAAAAUUCUUCCCCAAGUAGAGAUGAUCAAAAAACAACCCAGGAAAAUGUUCGAAAAAAGAUUAUUCCAAGGUCAGCUUGUUGGAACCAUUUCACCAAAUUUGUGACUGAAGAGGGGGAGAAGAGAGCAAGGUGCAAUGCAUGUGAUGUUACUUACAUAAUGGAAUCAACUUCGGGUUCUACAACGAAUUUGAAUAACCAUUUGAAAGCAUGCCUAAAAAGACCUCGAGACUUAUCCAAAAUACCCGAAGAUCAAGAAGGUAACAUACUUAGCAUUAGUUUAUAAAGUUAAAUGUUUAUUUAAUUUAUUUUUGCAA